CUUCUACAAGAGAUAUGACUUGACUUUAAUUUCUAAAAAGAUGGAGAAGUUUACAGUUGAUCUUGAUGCUGUGCUUGAUGAGUUCGAGUUUCAUGAAGGACAGGCGAAUCAAUUAGGUAAGAUUGAUAAUCCGUCCUCGUCUGGGUUCUUUACUCCGGACACGGAGCUCGGUCCAUUCUCUUUGGAUCAGAUAUCUGCUCCAGAUCAAAGGUUCAACCUGGGAGUAGGAGAUACACUGCACCUGGAGAAAUCCUCUUCAAAUCAACCUUUAGAAACUAGGUAUGAUACUCCUUUCCGCAUUGAUCCUUUCAAUCCUAACCUUGGAUACAAGAACGAGGGUUUUGUUGAAACUGUUCCACCAAAUCUAAACGGAGAAGCAACUAGCUCUAUGCAAGAUAUACCAGAAGAUAUUUUAACAGGUUCAGAUGAUAACCUGAAGGAGCAGAAAACUAAUGGUGAUGCCAGCACUAUAAACAUUGAUAAACAAAUCCCUGUGAUACAAGAUCAUUCUAUACAACUGGACAAUGAGCCGCAAUCCGUCCUAUCUCCUUCCUCAGCUAACACCCCUUUAGAAUCCUGCUGUCCCGAGCCUAGUACUAGAGAUAUUUCUAGUUCUGCCUCUAUCCCGGAUACAGUAAGGGAACCGAGCGAAGAGCAAACACUGUCAAUACCACAAACAGAGUCACAAUCUCAUAAUAUAAUAUCAGUUGAUACCGAACCUGAAAGCGCUAUCUCUGAAACCCAAGUAGUACCUGGAGCUGAACCUAUCUUGGAAAAAUUGGAUAUAUCACCAACACGAGAGUGUGAAGGUUUUGAAAAUACACUUACCGACAAUCUAGAGUCCGAUUUUCCUGUUUUUAAUCCCCCUGAGAUACCGUCCAGGGAUCCUUCUCCACAGGAGCACACGUCUGAGUCCCUUUCUAUAGACGAGGAUAAUGGUUUGGAUAUAGGUAGUGAAGAUUAUGUAGAUGAAAAGCAACUAGAGAUGUAUCUCAAGCAGAUCAAGAUGGAGAACUCAGAAGAGAAACUUAUUCAAGAAAAUUUCCCUGAAAGCUUGAGUCCAAGCCCGCGAGAGGAUGAUAGUUUGAGAACUGGAGCAAGACCAAAGCGUAAACCUGAUACUUUACUCCAGGAUGAUCUUGAGCCUAGGAUCCGAACCAAGGAGACGGUUCAGGUUGGUGAGGUGGAGACGGAGGAGUUCAAUAUUCCUGACGAUGAAUUGCAGCCUAGUAUAGGAUCAGGGAAGGUUGAGUCUCCUCCCCCGUAUAGUGAAGUAGAUCCUAGUUACGAAGAACCAAAACCUGUGAGACCGCUUACACUCAACCUGGAUCAGAACGAAAGAUUUAGAGAGAAAGCUCCUGAAGAAACUUCUGACGAAACGUCGGUGAGUGCUGGAGAUCCUAUUCUAGGCGCACCUGGAGAAACACCUUCCAACCCAACUGGUCCCAGGAUGGGGUUGAGCAACCUGCUGGAAGGAUUAACAGAAGACCAACUAAUGUUGGGACGGGUUCAACCUUUCUGGGUUCCGGACUCCGACUCCCCUAAUUGUAUGAUCUGUUCAGCUAAAUUUACAGUGGUGAAGAGAAGGCAUCAUUGUCGAGCAUGCGGAAAGGUUUUAUGCUCUGGGUGCUGUGGAGAACGGUUUAAGCUUGCUUACCUUGAAAACCGAGAAGAACGUGUCUGUACUCCGUGCAAGGCUGUCCUAGAGCAACUAGAGAAGGCGGAGAAGGCAGGACUAAGUUCAACACAUUCUAUGCCAACCAGGCCUAACCCUGCCAAUCCUAUGGAAUACUGUACCAGAGUCCCGGUAUCGGAGCAGGUUUCGGGAUCUAGGAACCCAGAUUUACCAAGUGUGAUGGUUCCUAUCGGGGUUCUCAAAAGGAACGGAUCCACGGACAGAAGCUCCGUUAGUUCAAAAACGGAUAACAAGUCCGUCAUGUUUAGUGACGGUAUCCGUCCUGGCGGAGAUUUGACCGAACUGGACGGAGCAGGAUCCGAGCACCGAACCCUAGGGAAGAGACCGGGACGGAUAAAGGCAAAACGACUCCGGGGUCGAGUUUCCAGUUCCUUGAGUGGAGAUGUUUGCUCAAGUAGGAUGCCAGCUACAGGGCUACCACUAGUUUCAGGAAAGGGUCAGGUGGAUGAUGAGGAGAUAUCUGUCUGGUUUUCAGCAGGAACAUCAGUCAACUUCGUGCUAAACAACAACCUAACCGUACUCACCAAACGGGUUAAAUAUACUCCAAUCAAUAAACUAGUUUGGAAUUUUGCAUCUCGAGGCUUGACCUCGGUAGGCCAGGACGAGGUUGUCAUCCUCCUGGAGACAGAGGAGGACGAGCUCUUGCCUCCGCGUGAUAUUUACAUCGUUAUUCAAUCUUUAUAUGAGCAGGCGGGUGCUGGUCAGCCUGUGUUAGAGAUGGGUCAUAUAACGGUGAACUCCGAGCAUCUUGGUUCAAACUCACAUGGAGGAUGGAUGUUCAUUAGGCACACUUUUCAGGCUGUAACGGAUUUAUUUCUACCUCCUCCUCCUGUUUUAUUCGGUAUCCUACUCAUGAGAUGGGAGAUACCCUGGGCCAGGGUUUUCCCUCUCCGUCUCAUGCUGAGACUCGGAGCAGAGUUCAGAUAUUAUCCUGCUCCUCUUGUCUCUGUACGAGGACGGAAACCUGUCUACGGAGAACUAGGACACACUAUAAUGAGUGUUCUCUCCGACUUUAAGAACUAUGCGUACACUAUACCAACGGUCCGAGGACUGGUUAUACAUAUGUCUCCGAGAAGAACUCUUAUUCUUAUUCCUAAAAACCGACAUGACGCAGUGAGUAAGGCGUUAAAUAACUCCAACCUUCCUGUGUUAGCUCUAGGAGCAAACUUCUCCAUGUCGGUGGAUUCUCAUCUAGUAGCUAUACAGACACCAGAGGGAACUUACCAAACUCAAGCUAUUAAUAUACAGCACAAGGAACGAGUGGUAACCGGAGCCUCAUUUGUUGUUUUUAACGGGGCGUUGAAAUCUACAGCAAACUUGACCGCUAAAUCAUCAAUAGUUGAGGAUGGAAUCAUGGUUCAGGUUCUCCCUGAUCAUAUGGUUGCCUUGAGGAAAUGUCUGGAGAACAUGGAGGAUAUGAAUAUAGGGUGUGGUCCGAUAGGGGCGGAGCAACCUGAUGAAAUAGUUUCCAUCAAGUGGGUGGAUGAAGAUAAAGCUUUCAAUAUAGGGAUAAAAAGUGUUAUUGACGGAAAAGGUAUGGACGGUGUGGGAAGUUUAAGAAUACAUUGUGGACCAGAUAUGCGCACUGAUUCUCAUCUACUCAGAUGGACUGAAGUUUUCCUUCUGAAGAUCCCUGAUCAAGCCAAUCGAUCACGUGAUCCUGAUCCAACCAGGGUAGCGGAGGAAGUAGCUCGAGCUGUCGGAGUAGCUCUGGUCCCCCUUCUCUCAGAUCUCAAGAAAGAAAACCUUUCUCCUCUUGCAGUUCGAGUUUCACUUGAUGAGGAUAAUGUUUCCUACGAGGCCGGAUCUAAUGAUAAACCCCUACCCGGAGUCUACAUGAAUAAUCUUGACAACGAACUCAUCCCUCUCAUUCAUUCUGCAACCUCAACAACUCUAGUCAUAGAACUCGUUUUCCAUAUCCUAGAUCAGUAAACUACAUUCAAUACAUAUUGAAACAUUAAAAGUUUACGCCUAAUGUGCUCGAUUUUUACCUAUUUAUUUAUAAUGUAGUAUUUUUCUUUAUAUACAAAAAUCUGCAUUUUAUAGUUUUUGUUUUAUAUCAUUCCUUUUAUCGGUUGGAUGCUCCUUUUCAAUUAAGUAUUUAAAUUUUUACUCGUAAAUAUUAGAUCAUGAUUAAGCAAUCUAUUGGGAUUAGAAUUCUU